UUCCAUUAUUUUUUUAUUAAAUGCAUACUUUCUUCAAAAGCUUUGUACAAAACGAUGUCGUUGCGUACUUCUACAUGUUUUUCUAAUCAGUUCUUCGAUGUUCCUGCGGCAACCAAUUUCCGUCACCGGAGACUUACCGGAAGUCACUCCAUCCGUCGACCCUGCCUGAUGAUGUCACAUGACAACAACUACCACGCCGAUUCUAAGAUUAAUUCCUCUUCCUUGCUGAGUGCUGUGACCAACCUUCUAUGGGGUCGAUCCUUACCGCCGGGAGUUCUCGUCACCACCGUCCGCACCGCUUGGAACUCCACGUGGCAGCUCAUGAUGUCUCAGAUCGCUCCCUCUGAUUCCACCGGCGGGUAUUCAAGACCCGCUUCAAAAUUCCGAUUCUCCGAUUCUCCAGCAAGUGGGCCCCUCCACCUGUACGUUGGGCUGGCAUGCCCGUGGGCCCACCGUACUCUCAUAGUACGCGCACUCAAAGGGUUGGAAGAAGCCGUUCCUGUAUCGGUUGCGUCCCCGAGUGACGACGGGUCGUGGGAAUUCAAACGAGUUAGCGGUGUGGAUACGGAUCGGGUAAUUCGUCCGAGUUUGGAUAACGCGAAUGGUUGUAAAACUUUGAAAGAAGUUUAUAAGCUUCGAAGAGGUGGGUAUGAUGGAAGAUCCACUGUGCCAAUGUUAUGGAACAAGGACUCUAAAGAUGUUAUAUGUAACGAAAGUUACGAUAUCAUUCAAAUUUUCAAUUCCAGGUUAAAUGGGUUGGCCAGUAACCCUGAGUUGGAUCUUUCACCACCUGAGUUAAAGGAUAAGAUUGAGGAAUGGUAUAAAGUGAUAUAUCCAAAUGUGAAUAAUGGUGUUUAUAGGUGCGGGUUUGCGCAGAGUCAAGAAGCAUACGAUACAGCGGUAAAUGAAUUGUUUAGUACACUUGAUGAGUUGGAGGAUCAUUUGUCAAAUUCUCGCUACUUGUGUGGAGACAGGCUUACACUUGUUGAUAUUUGUUUGUUUACUACUUUGAUUCGGUUUGAUAUUGCUUAUAAUGUUUUAUUUAAAUGUACCAAGAAGAAGUUGUAUGAGUAUCACAAUCUACAUGCCUACAUGCGUGACAUUUAUCAGAUUCCUAAAGUCGCAGAUACUUGUAAUUUUCAAGAAAUUAUGGAUGGUUACUAUAAAACCCUUUUCCCUCUCAAUCCAGGGAGCAUUAGACCAAUCAUACCUUCGACUUCAGAGCAUGAAACCCUUUGCAGGCCUCACGGCAGGGAAUCCUUGUCAUCAUCAUCAACUACACCAAUGUUUGUCAAAUAAUGAACUGCCUCCCAGCACAUUAUUGUUUUCUUAUGUUGAUUCAGUUCUGUAAGAGUUAAAUAAUCUGCAAUUCAAAGUUUUAAGGCAAUGCAAGUGUAUAGCAUACUUUCACUUAAAUAAUGUCAUGAUGUACUGUUUAUACGUACUCUUGACUAGAGAUUUUAUCUAUUUCCACAUUAGCGCCAAA